AAAUAAUUCUUACGCUCGAGUGAUCUUGUUUAGUUUUCAAAACUGGUUUGCGUCGAUUCUUCAGUGACGAUGAUGCAAGAACACAAGUCCUUUUUGAUAAGAGAUCUUUUGGGCGACGUUCUGGCAGACAGAGUUCAAGAAGAUUCCGAAGAUGAUUCGGCCGUUCAUUCGGAUUCCGAAGAUACAAUCGACCCUGGCAGUAGUCCUUGUACUCGACUAGGAAGUCCACCACCUGUUCUCUCGCCUCCACCAGGUCCGGCAACGUCCGGUAAAUCUUGUGGAACUCCUAGUGGUCCACCUAGUGGAAGAAAGCCACGAAGAAGACGAACGGCUUUCACACAUGCUCAACUUGCUUAUCUAGAAAGAAAAUUCCGUUGUCAAAAAUAUCUAAGCGUAGCGGAUCGUAGCGACGUAGCAGAUGCAUUGUCUCUCUCAGAAACUCAAGUGAAGACUUGGUAUCAAAAUAGAAGAACGAAGUGGAAGAGACAGAAUCAGUUACGACUCGAACAACUUCGUCAUCAAGCCACGGUAGAAAAAGAGCUCCUUGUGAGAGGCGUCGGUCUUCAUCAUGGUAGCAUAGACGCCUAUUGCCCGUCUUACAAUACACAAACACAAGUGACAAAUCAUGCACCUCCACCACCACCACCACCAGCUCCAUCCACGGCGUCCACGGCAGCGUUCCUUUCGACGGCGGCUGCACUUUUUCGAAACGUUACAUAUGUACACGGCUGUCCACUCUAACGCGUGCGAUAUCAUAAUUUAAAUAUCGAAUCAUCAAAUAGCUCCUGCCUAACUCGAACACUCCUACGAGCAACAGAAAAGAUUCGUGUGGAAGCAAAGACGAAGUAAAAGGUUCCACUCGAUGUAUUUUAUUAUCUUCAUCGCUGCAACUGACAAAUGGUAUGGUUUUCAUUAUUACUUUUUAAAUCAUUAUACAUACUUUUACUUACGCGAUUAAGAAAACUCUCUUCUUUUUUUUCAACGUGAAAUUUUAUUUUAUACGCACGCGUGCAAUAUUUCAAUAUUUUUGUAUGUUAUCAGCAACAUGCGAUCAAGAACGAUAAACGUUCUUGAAUUUCUAGUCGAUAAAGUUUUGGUUUUAAAGCCUUUUCUCGUGUUUGCUUUCGUUGCAAACGGGACAGUUGAUCGACAAUGUAAAUAUGUAAUUAUUAAAUAGAUCGGUGAUCGUAUAUUCGGUUGUUUCUUGCAAAUGGUCCUUAUCUUGAUAGGUAAACGAAUGUUUUUGCCGAUAACGGGUUUCAUAUUUAACGAUGAAAACCUUUCUGCAAUAGCACAGUAAUUUGUAGCUACUGUGGAAAUUAUGAUAAAUUAUCACUCAACGAUGGGGAUCCAAUAAUUCUCUGAAACGAACGUCCGAUCGAUGAAUAACAAUUAGAGAAUAUAGUGAUAUUAAUACGUAGCUAUUUCAUUGUAUUACUUGAAAUGAUCACUUUGAAAGAUGAAAAUUGAUAUUUAUUACCGAAUGUGCAAUGUUCAACUAUGUGCGUAUUUUUCGUGUUUUAACGUCAACUUUAAUUUAGUGAUUUAAUCGACGUUCACUAUCGAUAUGUAACUUAACAUCUUUCACUAGUUGACAAUUUUGUGUAAAAUGAGAAGUUCUUGUAGAUAAAUAAAUUAUUAUGAAAUAAUAUAUAAACAA